AUGAAGUGCCAGCCAUCUGAACAGAUUGUGUAUGAGAGCGUGGAGGAGGACAUGGGUGCGCUGCUCUACCUCCAAAAGAUCCCUGAAACCCGCAAGGCGUCCGGUCCUCGUGCCAGAAAAGUAAGAGACAAUGAUGAGCUAGAAGGCCGCCCACAAAAUCGUCAUCGGAGAUCCCGUGCUCCGUCACCAGAAGAGGAGUUGUCAGAACAUCAGCAGCACUACCAUUUACGCUCGUCCGUUUCCAUGCCAGCGAAAUAUGCCUUGAGACAAUUCGAUAGACAUGUCCUAGUCCGAACAUUCAUCGAGCUCAAGGAGGAGAUUCGAGCAGACGGAGACUUCAUCUGGUGGCUGCAAGGAGACGAUAAUGUAUAUUUUCGCAUCGUUCAGACAUUCGCCCCGGAAGAAGUGCGUGCAGUCGUCCGUACGAUGACAACGUACAUCAAUCAUGCGGCCAUGCAAAGCGACGUACUCCCCUGGCCUGCCUUCAAGGCGGAUAUCACAAAACGCAUCGUCGCCGCCAGCAACUCAAGAGACAAUGUGCUGCUUACCUUCCAGUCCACAAUUAGCACUAUUCUGAAACAUCAUAUCAUCUCCCUCGGAUACAUGCGAAUCUCAGCCGUCGGCUCAGGCUGA